AACAACAUUUGGCGGUUGUGUUUCCAGUGCUGCUGCAGGUUUAUCGUCACUGUUUUGUGCUUGCAUGUUUGUGAAACAUGGCGUGUUUCUUCAGGAGAAGAAUAGCAGCAAAGCUGGCCCGGACGCUGCAGCAGUCUGAGGACUUCUUCAUACCAGCUCUGUCAGCUGUUCCAGUUUUAAAGAAACAGCAGACUGCUGACUUUAAAUUGUACAUCAGCACAUUACGGGUCAGAGGGAUUUUACCAUCCAGUGGUGACAUUCAGCUGCAGACAGAAGACUUGGUCAAAAGGUUGAAACAGGACAGUGUGGUGGAGGACAUAUCUGCUGGAAAUGGAGUGAUCAACUUUAAAGUGAAUCGCGAACUUCUCGUCCAGAAAAUGUUGGAGCCGUUUGGAAAAGAGGAGGAUGAGAAAUUUGGAUUAAAUAGUGAACUUUUAAAUACUCUGAAGAGAGGAACAACAUUAGUUGAAUACAGCUCUCCAAAUAUUGCCAAAAAAUUCCAUGCCGGACACUUAAGAUCUACAAUUAUUG